AUGAAUCGACCAGUCGUUUGGAAUCUGGAGUACAAGCAAGAUGCUGAAACUGCAAAUUUUGGUUCUUAUCUGCACUCUCUUUUUAGCGGUUGUGCACACACAAGACACACCGCAAUCGUGUAAUACUUUUGGCUAUGAAAUCCUCGCUGCUCGUUUGGAUUCACUUGAGACUGCUAUCGUGAAAUCGCAAUUGAAAUCAACGGAAACUGCUCAGAACCUGCGAAGUGAUGUCCUGCAGAUUGCAAGAGACAUACAAAACAUGCAUAAAAUUCUCGAUAAAACAGGUGAUAUCAGAACAGCAAUUCCUGUUUCAUGCGACGAAGUUCAAACGAGAAGAUCCGGUGUAUACAUGGUGGACACUUCUAGGGGGAUUCGGAAACCAUUUCAGGUAUUUUGUGAUCAAGAGUUUGAAGGUGGUGGUUGGACAGUUUUCCAAAAUCGAUACAACGGAGACGUUGAUUUCUAUCGUUCCUGGAACGAGUACAAAGACGGUUUCGGUUCGCUUGAUGGAGAAUUUUGGUUGGGAUUGGAAACUAUUCAUCAGAUUACUUAUGCUGGGCCAUAUGAGCUUGCUGUUGUGGUUGAAAAUUUCAUGGGCGAAAUUGCCACAGCUCGUUAUUCGAGUUUCGCUCUGGCUGGGGAAGCUGAGUUCUAUAAACUAGCGAAGCUGGGAUCGUAUAAUGGUACCGCUGGUGACAGUUUGAGCUAUCAUGUUAACAGUAAAUUUUCGACAUUCGAUAGUGACAACGACGAAAACCCCAACAAUUGCGCGGUGAAUUAUAUUGGUGCAUGGUGGUAUAAAUCAUGUCAUUACAGUAAUUUAAACUCGAGAUAUCUCCCGGCUGGCGCCAGUUUUGAACCAAAUAAGAUAAUUGUUUGGCGUAAAUGGAAGGGAGAUUCGGAGAUGCUGAAGAAAACUCGUAUGAUGGUCAGAAGGAAGAAGUGAUUGCAUUGUAAAUCCGGCUGGAGUAAUAAAAAUGCGAGUAGUAUUCGCAUAAAACAAUUGUAUGGUAUCUUCAAAAUACUGUCAAAUGGAUAAUUCCGCCAGAAAAACAACAAAUUAAAAUAAUGUGUGUGUUCAUUACACAAUGAGAUUUCCGACGUACAAUAAACAGCAUUAGUUAUCACAA